GCCAGCCUUGCAGGCUUUCAGGCAACCAAUUUAAACGGGUGUCUGCCCCUGACUUUGAACCCUGCCAUUUAGCGGAGACUUCAGCCUUGUAUAGCCUCUCCCACACUGCCAGGACUCAGGGUAGAAGACCUCAAGAUGGAAGACUUUGGAAAGUUACGCCCGGUUGGCCGUCUGGAGCGUUGGUCAACAGCUCGCCAUGACCUCAAGUUCUACAUGAAUGCUGCUGUGACAGCGUCCUACACCCUCCCUGCAACAUGCACUCUCCCGCUAAAGCACUACAUUUACAAAGCUUGCAAGAGCGUAGUGGGACGACACCCCAUUCUCUCCGCCAUUGCCGUCGGUGAAAACACCAACGAGCCGCAACUCGUGCGCUUACCAGAGAUUGACCUUGACCAAUGUGUAUCCUUCCACGACCGUCGUUAUGAGGCUCCUGGACAAUCACCAUCAUCAGCUGAUACAGGCUCCUCUGACUCGAAAUCAGAUGCCAACGGAGACCCCGACCUCGACGAAUUGUUGACCACCCAGCAUAACACGGCAUUCCAAGCACCCAACCCGUUCUGGCGUCUCUGUAUUUUAACGACCAGCACGCAGCCGCACCAGUUCACAGCAGCGUUUGUGUUCCACCAUGCCAUUGGCGAUGGAACUUCCGGGUUGGCAUUUCACAGGACGUUCCACGAAGCAUUGUCACAAGCCGUGUCUGCGGACCCGGACUUCGACAAGCAGGAAACAAACUCCGUCAUCCCGUCCCCCUCGAUCCCUUUACUUCCCAACAUCGAGGCUCUUCAUCCAAUGCCUGUCUCGUUGCUAUACGUGCUCAGUAUCCUGUUCCGAGAGAAGAUUUGGUCCGCCCGUCGCGACCCUGGUCUAUGGACAGGAUGGAAGAUCCGCACGCCACUCAAAACCCGCGUGCGGCAUCUGGCUUUUUCCGCAUCGAACACACGUGGGUUCAUUGUCGCCUGCCGCGCGCACAACACCACCGUCACAGCUGCUCUCCAAACACUUAUUGCUGGGGUGCUGUUCUCUCACCUUCCCAGUAACUUCACCACGCUGAAGUGCAAUGGGGCCAUUUCUGUGCGGCGAUGGCUCCCGGACAUGAUCGACGACGACUCGAUGGGCGUCUACGUCCAGAAUCUCGCCGAGGACUAUUCCAGGAACAAGUUCCAGACGGAGAUUUUGCCUUGGGAUGAAGCCAGGAGGUCCCGACGAACUAUAGAGCAGGUCCUCAGUCUCGAGGGCAAGAAUGCGGCACCCAACAUGUUGCGGUACGUCAACAACUAUCAGCAGGAGCUUUUCUUGUCCAAAGUUGGAAAAGACCGAGAUUCCAGUUACGAAGUAUCCAAUCUCGGCGUGUAUAAGGGCAAACUUGAGAACGACAGGGGAACUCCAGCAACAACUGUCCAAAUCGGAAGGAUGGUGUUUACACAGAGCGCCAACGUGACCGGGAGCGCUUUCGAGGUCUCCGCUGUCUCAGGAGCCGAUGGCUGUUUGGUCCUUGGAUUCUCUUGGCAGGAAUCAGUUGUCGAUGAUGCCCUCAUGGACACGGUGAUGAAGACUGUGGAAGAGGCACUUCUUGCUCUCACGAGAGACCAACCUCGCGGAGAUUGAUGAGCAUCGCAUGGAAUAUUCUAGAUAAUGGGUAAAUAUGACUUUCAGAUCGAGAUAGGUGGAAGUAAUGUGUAUAUUAUAAAACAAUGAGGUGUAGAUAGACCAAACCUUGUUGGGGGGACGGCAUAGUCGGACAUGGGCUCUGCUGCGUUGGCGAGCGUCGGGGGACUGUCAUCGGUCUGCCGUUGGAUCAUUGCAGUAGGCAUAGAUUCUGCCUACCUAGGUACUUUCUAUACGCAAGGUCGUUGGGGCCGUUGGAAGACAGAUCACGGAUGAUGCUUACCACUGGUCGCUCCGUGAUUGGGCGCUUUAGUUCCGGGUGGGGUUAGACAGAAAGCAGAUCCGGUACGAGAAUCAAGAAACAUAUUGUUCACGAAGAAGC